AUGAAGAAGCUGAAGAAAUACUAUCUGCAUCUGAAGCACCCACAUGCAAUGGAGAGAAAAUGGAUGUUCCCAAUCGCAAUCGGCUCCGUUUUCGCACUCUUCAUCGUUUUCCUCACCACCUUAACCUCCCCUGACGGCACGCCGCUCGUCCCCCUCCUCCGCUACUACUCACGCUCGGCGGCCGCCGCCGCCGUCUUCGUCGAGUCGAAGCUCCGGCCCAUCCCUGUCUCCGCCCUCCUCCCUCCGCCUCGCUUCGCCUACUCAAUCUCCGGCUCCUCCGGGGACGGUACCAUGCUCCGCCGCACGCUUGAGGCCGUCUACCAUCCCAGAAAUCGCUACGUCGUGCACCUCGAUGCGGACUCCUCCGCCGAGGAGCGCCUCGAUCUGUGUAACUACGUAAAUACCCACCCCGUUUUUCUCAGAUUCAGAAAUGUGCGGAUGAUCUCCAGGGCCAAUUUGGUCACCUACCGGGGGCCGACGAUGGUCGCGAACACGCUGCACGCUGCGGCGAUUUUGCUGAAGGAAUUUGGGGAUUGGGAUUGGUUUAUUAAUCUCAGUGCAUCUGAUUAUCCACUGGUUACUCAAGAUGAUCUACUGCACGCAUUUUCAGACUUGCCAAGGGAUCUGAAUUUCAUUGACCAUACCAGUAAUAUUGGCUGGAAAGAGUUCCAGAGGGCGAAACCAGUUAUUGUUGACCCAGGGUUGUACAUGACGCAAAAAGCUGAUGUUUUUUGGAUUACACAGCGAAGAAGUGUGCCGACUGCAUUUAAACUUUAUACAGGAUCUGCCUGGAUGGCGCUCUCUCGGCCUUUCAUUGACUACUGCAUAAGGGGGUGGGACAGCCUACCACGUACAGUUCUGAUGUACUAUGCCAACUUCCUAUCUUCCCCCGAAGGCUAUUUCCACACCGUAAUUUGUAAUUCCAAGGACUUCCGCAACACAACUGUCAACAGUGACCUUCACUUCAUAUCGUGGGACAACCCUCCAAAGCAGCACCCUCACUAUCUUACCCUCAAUGACAUGCGGAGGAUGGUCAAAAGCAAUGCGCCCUUUGCGAGGAAAUUUCACCGUCAUGAUUUGGUGCUCGACCGAAUAGAUACAGAAUUAUUGUCCCGUGGGCCUGGGAUGCUCGUGCCGGGAAGUUGGUGCCUGGGUGUUCCAGGGAAUGGGUCUGAUCCAUGUUUACUUAUGGGUAAUAGUACCGUGAUUCUUAGGCCUGCGGAGGGGGCUGAGAGGUUGAGAGAGCUUUUAGUGUCCCUUUUGUCCGAUGAUAAUUUUAGGCGACGGCAGUGUAAAUAG